UUGGACCGUGCUAAUGUGGAGAAUUUCCAUCCUUCAGCCCAAAGUACAAAUAGUCUAUAGAACAUAGCAGACAACAUUUACAAUAUGGUUCUCAUUCCUAUGCUUUAAUUCUGCUCAAUAUAUAUCUUCUCUUUGCUAGAAACUAUAGUGAGGAGCUUAUAAUAUAGUUUCUUCGCACAAAAUGAGCUAUCCUUACUACUCUCCUCCGCCCCCACCUCCAACUUCCACUAAGUGCGCUCCUCCGCCACCACCAGCGCCUCCACCUCCGCCGCCGCCGUUGCCCCUUGAAUGUGCCCCACCACCUCCACCUGCAACACUGGAAUGCCCUCCACCACCUCAUGUCCACCCGAAGCCACCUCCACAUGGUCAUCACGAACCUCUACCGCCGCCACCACCAAGUCACCAUUCCUAUUCAAAGCCGCCGCCUCCACCACCACCACAUCACCCGCAUGAUUACCCAACAACACCGCCUCCACACACGAAUUAUCACAAAGUGCCGCCGCUGCCUCCACCACCACCACCACCGCAACCACCAUGCAGUGAAUCACCACCGGUCCCGCCACCACCUACACAAAGUGUGACUCCACUGGCGCCAGCCCCAUCUUAUGCCCCGCCACCUAAACCUCACCAUGAUCAUCCACCGCCACUGCCGCAAGUACCAUCACCGCACACAAGUCAUAGUCCUGCCUCACCGCCAACAAGUGCCUCCCCAACUCCAAGUCCUACCGAAGGUCGGCCUCCCUAUAAUACUCCCCCACCAAAAGCCCUGGCUCCCAUCCCAUUUCCAUCGCCAUCUUCCGAGACUCCACCCCUGGCACCGUCACCUAGUAGUGGCUCACCACCACUGGUUUCCCCACCUUCAGGUCCUAAUGCGGCUCCGCCACCAGAGUCCAUUUACCCACCCAGCCCACUUUCACCACCUUCUCACGAGACUCCACCGCCCGGGAGUGGCUCGUCUCCAGUUUUCCCCCCAGUUUCCUCACCUGCCAGUCCCACUGGAGCCCCACCACCAAAGGCCGCUUUCCCGCCUAGUCCAAUCAAGACGCCAGCAUUCCCGCCAGGAUACCCUCCAAAAGCAUCUCCACCUUUCAGUAAUCGGCCACCACAUCUGGUACCAUCUCCGAGCGGCUACAACGUUCCUAGUGCACCACCGCCUGUUCAUUCUCUGCCACCUCCUCCUAGUGGAGGUGGAGGCAACCACACGACAGUGAUUGUAGUGUGUGCAUCCCUAGGGGGAGUGUUUGUGCUCGCGUUUCUCGCAAUAUGCCUAGUUUGCCUUGCCAAGAGGAAGAGGAGGCCGGUGAUGGUUCCUGCAGCUGCUGCUGCCUGCGUUGAGGAGCACGAGGAAAUCCACGAGGCGGUAGUAACUGGACCUUGUGGGGAGCAGACAGUGACAGUUGAUAUCGAGGAUGAUGUACGGAUUCACGAGGCGGCUGGAGGAGUUGUCGCUGGUGGCGGUGGCAGUCGCUGUGGAACUGCCGGAGCUGCAGGCCCUUCUUGUGAAGCCACGGCGCCCGCAAGAGCUCCUUGCUAGCCAAGCUAAAAUAUGAGUCUUAUCUCAUAGAUAUCUGUCGCGAGAAUUUUGGGCUUCCGGGAGUCUCAAACAUAGAUACUCAUUUCGCCUGCAUGCUGAGUGGAUUAUUUUGUCUUUCUUUUUUUUUUUUAAAAAAAAAGAAAAACGUUGGAUCUGCCCUUUGCCGGGGAAUAAUUUGUACGGAGAAUUCAUUUCGUUUGCAUUAAAUUGUUAUGAAUGAACAGUUCAUUAGUUGCAAAAUUUUUGUUGUACCAUGAGAUGUAUUUGGCUUAUUGAUCGAGACUAGCCCCUUGUUAAUUAA